GCCUCAGAGAUCAUUAUGCUGGAGACAUGGCUAUGCACAGAGUGCCCAUUCUUUUUAACAGCUGCAUAGUAUUCCAUUGUCUGCCUGUGGUCAUCUGGAUUUCACAGGCCUCUGUGGAUGGGUUCAGAUUUUCGAUGAGCACAAACAACGCUGCCAAGACAUUCCUUGAACACAUAUCUCUGUGUGUGUUUGAGAACAUAAUAGCAGAAUGGCUUCAAUAAGAAAACCCAGCCGUCCCAUGCACAAUAUCUUUGGUGACUUCAGUGAUAUUUCCUUGGAAGAUUCAAAGAUGGAAGAAAUCCAGAACUUGGGAAUCAGUCGAAGUCUUACCAAAAUAGCACUCAGUCAGAGCAGAUUUCUAAAAAGAAACCAAACUGUGGGUGAAAGACACUUAUCCCCCAAAGAGAACGCUGUCCUGGGGAGUGGGCCCUGGCCCUCCUCAGGUAGACCCCUGACCACGGCCUCAAAGGUCAGGGCCAAUGCUGCACUCACGAAGCUGGCCCAGAUCGAAAGCAAGAUCAGGAAUCGGAAGGUGCAGAUGGCGUUGUCUCACGUGGAAUCUGACCUGAAGACUUCUGAGGACAUGCUUCCUAGCGGAGCAGACGACAUUCCCCCCAGGAGGCCGGGUGACCUUUCUUCACAGAACACAGACAAAACCUCCUGGACACAGGCCCGUGAAAUUCCUGUCUCUGAGGGUGACAAGCCCAGUGGAAAGGUCAGUAAGUUUCUAAAGAAGAGAGAAGCACUUGUUGAAAAGAUAUCCCCCAAAGCACAUGCUGGGAAAGAGAGGAAUUUUCAAACACCCAAAGAAAAGAAACCUCCUAGAAAACUGGAUUCUCCAGACAGCGAUGAGGAGGAAAUGAAGGAGCUGCUGGGAAGCUUGAUGGAGUCUCCUAGAGAAAAAAACACAGCCACAAAUCAGGGUUUCACCAGCACUAGGGUCAGUGAAGAACAACAAAUAAAACUGUUCUCGGAUCAGACCCCAACUCAACCGAGAGUCCUUUCACUGCCCAGUAAGGACCUUUCCAGCUCAAAGCCAUUUUGGACAUCACGUGUGCCAACCUCAGAGUCAGCCGAUGGGAUCCUUCACAGCGCUGGCUCGAGAAAUUGUCCCCCACAGACUCACAUUUCAGAUGACACAGCCCCCCACAAGGCAUCGAUUUCCACUCCCGGCACCUUUCCGAAGUCAUUGCCUUCGACAGUCGGGGACGGCAAGCUCUCAUCCCCACCCAGAUGGAGUGAGGCUGGGCCUCUGGCGGAGUCUCCCUCAGCAGCUGCUGAUGACAGCCUAAACGAUUUUAGAAUAAACAUUUUAUCCCUUGAUGAUCUGUCUCCAGCUGUCAGUGAGAAACCAGACUUUGAACAGAAAAAAGAUGGUCAGAGGGAAAAGGCAUCCAGCCGAAGCCCCUGGGUAGGGAGCCCUUCCUCUGGAAAUGAGGUCUCUGAGCACCUGAGUGAGCGGUCGGCCUUGUCCGCUGGGUCCAAGGGUAUUUCUAGCCCAGGGCCCAUGUCACAGGAACCUCUGGCCAGCUCCGAGAGCUUGGCUUACUCGGAAGAUUUUGAAAAAUCCUCUAAUCCAACGACAGCGUCUGAGUUGACGGCCCAUUCUGAGGAGUCUCCUGACAGGACGCUGGCCACUCGGUCUGAGUUUUCUGCAAGUCUGGAGACAGCCCUUCCUCCACCAACACCCAAGUCUCGGAAUAAGCGGACCAGGGGUGUUGCAAGAGUCAUGGUGAAGGAGACGGCUGUGCAGACCCCUGAUCCUGCCUUCACCUACCAGUGGACUAAGGCGGCCAGUGUGGCGGCCAUCGGGCCAGCCCUGGGAGGCGCCUACGUGGAUCCUGCACCCAUCGCCAGUCAUGUCAUCAGUGCAGACGCCAUAGAAGCCCUGACAGCAUACAGCCCGGCCGUGUUUGCACUCAAUGACAUGCUGAAGCAGCAGCUGAACCUGACGCAGCAGUUCAUCGAGGCCAGCCGGCACCUACACGCGUCCCUCCUGCACUCCCUGGACCGGGACUCGUUCCACUACCACACCCUGGAGGAAACCAAAGAGUACAUCAGACAACAUAGGCCCACUCCGCUGACCAUGGAGGAGGCACUGGAGGAGGUGAAGAAGGAGCUGUGAAUGCUAGCAGAUGGAGACCGUGUGAGAACUGAGGUGUCCCUUCCAUCUUCCACUGCCAAUAAGCCAAGAGUCCGAGGCCCGCGCUGCCGGCGGCCAGCCACUGACGUGGUUCUCUGCC